CUACAUUUGGUCGCUGUUGCUAUUUGCGCUUAGCAACGAACACCAAGGCGUUCGGCUGUGGAGGAUCAACAGUAAACCAGGCGAAGCAGACACAUAUCGUCACACAAUUUGAGGUGUGGUUUUCACAAACCGACAUCAUGAGCAGACAAGUUCUACAAGUUUUUGAGCAGUAUCAAAAGUCUCGGACACAGUUUGUCCAGACAGUGGCAGAGCUAGCAUCAAGGCCACAGAACAUUGAAACACUUCAAAAUGCAGGUGUCAUGUCUCUCUUGCGGCCGCUUCUUCUGGAUAUUGUGCCAACAAUCCAGCAGACUGCAGCCCUAGCACUUGGAAGGCUGGCAAACUACAAUGAUGAUCUUGCUGAGGCCGUUGUCCGUGGUGAUAUCUUGCCACAGCUAGUUUACUCACUGGCAGAACAAAAUAGAUUCUACAAGAAAGCGGCUGCCUUCGUUCUCCGUGCUGUGGCCAAGCACUCCCCUCAACUGGCUCAGUCCGUGGUAGACUGUGGGGCUCUUGAUGCGUUGGUGAUCUGUCUUGAGGAGUUUGACCCAGGAGUGAAGGAAUCUGCUGCAUGGGCAUUGGGAUACAUUGCUAGACACAAUGCAGAAUUGGCACAGGCUGUAGUGGAUGCCGGGGCUGUUCCUUUGUUGGUGCUUUGCAUUCAAGAGCCAGAGAUGUCUCUCAAGCGCAUUGCUGCGUCAGCCUUGAGUGACAUUUGCAAGCACUCUCCUGAACUGGCCCAGACUGUUGUUGAUGCUGGUGCCAUUGCACACUUGGCUCAGAUGAUCCUCAAUCCAGAUGCAAAACUGAAGCGACAAGUGUUCUCAGCUCUCAGCCAGAUUGCUAAGCACUCUGUGGAUCUGGCAGAGAUGGUGGUGGAGGCUGAAAUCUUCCCUGCUGUACUGACAUGCUUGAAAGACCCUGAUGAGUAUGUCAAGAAAAAUGUGGCUACUCUCAUUCGAGAAAUUGCAAAACACACUCCUGAGCUCGCCCAGUUGAUCGUGAAUGCAGGAGGAGUUGCAGCUGUUGUGGACUAUGUUGGUGAAUCAAAGGGCAAUGUCAGGCUUCCUGGAAUCAUGAUGUUGGGUUAUGUUGCCGCACAUUCAGAAAAUCUAGCAAUGGCAGUGAUUGUAUCAAAGGGUGUGGUGCAGCUGGCCAUUGCACUGUCAGAAGAGCAUGAAGAUCACAUCCAGGCAGCUGCUGCUUGGGCACUUGGACAGAUUGGCAGACACACUCCCGAGCAUGCAAAGGCGGUCGCUGUGGCGAAUGUUCUUCCAAAGUUGCUGCAAUGUUACCUCCGGGCAGAUGUUUCUGAAGAUCUCCAGACAAAGAGCAAAAAAGCACUCAAAAACAUCCUGCAGAAAUGUGUUCACCUACCAGCCCUGGAACCCCUUCUGCACGAUGCUCCACCCAAUAUCCUCAAGCACGUGGUCGGACAGUUCAGCAAAGUGCUCCCACACGACUCAAAAGCACGCAGAUUGUUUGUUACGAGUGGCGGCUUGAAGAAGAUUCAAGAGAUCAAGGCAGAACCUGGCUCAGCACUCGCAGAAUACAUCAACACAAUCAACAAUUGCUAUCCAGAAGAAAUUGUCAAAUACUACUCCCCUGGCUAUUCUGAUGCUUUGUUGGAGCGAGUGGAGCAGUACGCCCCGAAAGUUUGAGCUGUCAACAUCUUUUCCAGGAUUGAAUGAAUAUUAGUUAUUUUAUCAUAUUGUGAUUUUCAGCAUCAGAUUCUUGGACAGGGAUUUUAAUGAAAAUUCAGAAGGGCCACAGAAUGAAAGAAAUGUUUUGACAUUGUGUCAUAGUUUUUACUGGAAUUUCCAAAAAAAGUAGGUUUGGUGUCCAUUUUCUUAUUCUAUCGAAAAUGCCCUAUUUUUUAAUGCUAUUGUUUUUAUAAUUAUGAAAGCCAACAUCAAUAUUACUCAGUUUUACUGAGACGAGUAAUUUCUUAAAGUACAUGUACUUUGUAUACCAAAGAAAAUAAUGUGCACCCAAAUGGAAGGAUUUUAUGAAAAGAUUCUUUCCCACUUCAAAGGGAUAGAAAGCAACAGAUUCAUGGUUUCAUUCUUUCAGUUGUUUUCGAUGGCAUGAAUGUAUGAUUAUUUGUUUGUAAAUGAGUAUGUGUGUGUAUAGGUGUGUGUGUGUAUGAGAGAGAGAGAGAGAGAGACUUAUGUGAGUGGCCACGUUGCCUACAUAAUGGGAACAUAGCAGCAUGAUUUGCUUGAACAGAAACACAAAAAAAGAGCUAAAACUAGUCCUUACUAAGUAAAAACUUGAAAGCCAUUUCAAAAGCUAUUUCAUAAAACAAAUUUUGAGAUCAGUCAUUCAAGCUGUCAUGCCUGCUGUGCUCCUUUGUAUUUAGUUAUUAGUUAUAACAAGAGGCUACAACAAAUGAAUCCAUGUUAUCUGUUUGCUUCUCCCCGUAUUGUCUUCUUACUGGAUGUAAUCUAGGUUUCUUAUUUUGCUGAGAACAAUUUUCCUUGCGUAAAAGAUCAGUGUUAAGAAAUAAUUUUUUUUCAAAGUCGUACAUCACUUCUGUGGUAAAUAGCUUUGGCUAUUAUGGGAAAUAGUUGCAAGUUUUUCUUUUCUUUUAGUUAAAUAACCUCCUUCUUUCUUUGUGAAAAAUUCAUCCCAAUAUUGUGCACAGGUCGUAAGGUUAGGAAGGGCAAAAGAAAGGUGUGUUCUGAAAAGAUUGGGAUUUGGUAGAGAAUGGGCUGAGGGUGGGACAAUGGGUGAGAAGUCUUGAGAAGAGCAGAAUGUGAUCAAAACAAUCAAAUGUGAUAUUGAUAUAAACAAUUACCCUUUGCUUUAGCUUUGGAAUGUUCUUUCUAACUUUGGAAUGAGGUUUUUCUUUUUGAACACACUCUCUGCCUUUUACUUUUAGACACUGGGCGGAUACCUUUUUUUAGUCUUACUUUCCCUCUCAUGUAGUUGUCUGGAUGGCCUAGUAGGCCCUCUGUUUCUUCUUUUUGUGCGCUUGUUUUUUUUUGUUCAGUCUAUCCACAGUUGUUGCCAAUGUUCUUUUUCGUAAACUCACAUAUAUACAAACAACCUUCUGUUAUAAAUCUUGCAUUUUGGUAUCUUUGUUACUUGACUAUGUUAACAAAUUUUUGUGAUGCGGAACUACUAUUCUUAUCUUGUUCCAAAUCUUCUAUCAUUUUUUUUGGUGCCCUCACCUUAUGCAGUAUGAUGCUCUAUUAAUUAAGAAUAUUGGUAAUGAAGGAGUUUGCCAUUGGUACAGGCUUUAUCUGCAAUAGCCAUUGAGUCAAAGGCUGAAGUCGUAAGAACAGUGUACUUUGAUCUUCAAUGGCUUCUUCUUUACAUUUUUAGCUCACUAUGAAUUUGUUUUCUUUUGAAUGUGUGCACACAGGGUAAGAAUGAUAGACAGAAUGAUAAGUUAGGCCAAUUAAAAAAAACAUGGAAAGAAUGCUAACAUUGUAGUCACAAAGUCAUAAAAAAGACAUUUUAAGAUAUUGGGAGAACUCUCACAAUAUUUUUCCCAGUGCCACUAAACCACCUGACCACCUUUCUAAUAAUAACUGGCUCACAAAUUUCACUCGCACUCUAUUGUUGUAUUCAGGUUAGAUACUUAAGUCUAUGUAUUCGACAGCAUCAGGUUUAUGAUGCAUUUAGCUGAAAAAUAUGAUUGUGAAGAAUAUGGCUUUCGAUUUAACAAAAUGUCUCCACAAAACUGUGAUAGAUAUCUAGUGUUUGUAUUCCUUUGUUCAGGAAAUUCUAUGAUUUCAAGUGCUUGUUAUGAUAUUGUUUUUUGUAUCCCUGCUGUAAGGACUAGUUUAAUUUUACACUCUGAUGAAAUAUAUUUUGAAUCUACAAAAACGUUUGGAAUACAAUAUUUAUGAAGAACACCGCUA